AUGAUCUCCCAUCCUCCUCGCCUCCAUUGGCUGUUCGUUAAGAUUUCCCUACUGGAGUCCUCAGAUUCGACGGAUUCGACAGAUGGGUCGCAAACUGGGUCGGGCACUCCCAAGGCCGGCCCAGCCUUACCCCCAAUGAAAGGCUCCGGAUUCAACAAGCUAGAUUCAGUUGAUUCGACGUCAAUACUAUCUCACCCGUUUCAGAAGCUCGAAGCUCGCGUCGCCCAGUUGGAGGAUGCGUUGUCCAGAUCUCGACCGGAUGGGGACGCAGAGCUCCGGAAAGCAAGUUCACCUUCGUCGGUCGCCGAAUCGAGUUCGAGCGCCGGUCCCAGAAUCAAAAUCGAAACAGAGACGGAUGAUCUUGCGCGAGAGUUCGAUGGAUUGAAUGUUGAAAACGACGGUCGCGUGUCUUUCCAUGGCCCGACGAGUCUCUUUCAUCUGCCAAGUGGGGUAGGUAGCGAUACUGCAAAAUUGCAUCAUGCGCAGGAGGUCGAGGGCCGGAAGGAGCGGCUCAUCACCAAUGCAUGGCGCGAGAGGGCUUUUGAGCAGAUGGCGGCUAUGCCUGAACCGUUCCAAUAUCUCCUCGAUUCACACUGGUGCUGGAUCCAACCGCUCUGGAAUUUCGUCUACCGACCUGCGUUCACACGUGAUAUGAAAAUCCAGGGAACGUAUUACUCGGACGUCUUAUUAAACGCCAUUAUCUCCCACUCCGUACGAUGGUGCAAGGCAGAACCACAGAUCGGCUUGCUAUUGGACGCUUUCGAUGGUGGUGCACAAUUCUCACACCGCGCAUUGACCGGUGUGUUCGACUCGUUGAAAACCGGAUAUGCUGGAAUUCCCAGCAUCCAGACAUUACUCCUGCUCAGUGCACAGGAGUGCGGCCGUGGAAAUCGAACACAAGCAUGGCUGUACAGUGGCAUGGCGUUCAGACUGCUGGACGAUUUAGGAAUCUCUAUCGACAGCCGGAAAUACUCUGGGUCGGCCCAUUUGAGCGACGAAGACAUUGAAAUCCGAAACCGUCUCUUCUGGAGCUGUUACUUCUGGGACAAGGUGGUGUCCUUGUACUUUGGCCGGGCACCGGCAAUGCAGCAUUCCCGCGUCAGCCCACCGCGCAUGAUUCUCGAUGACACCGCUGAGAUCGAGUACUGGACGCCUCAUGGAGUGAGUUUCCCAGAAGGUGCCCACUACCCGCCCACACGCGCGCAUUCAACAUCUUGCUUCAUGAAGAUGUGCGGUCUCGCAGAAAUACUCAACCAGAUCUUGAUCAACAUCUAUGACCCGAUACGCCGUAGCACGGACUCAGAAUUCUACGAGUGUGUUCAGGAGCAGGGCAAAGCGCUGGGUGAAUGGUGGGACGACCUGCCGGAUUAUCUGAAGUUGAUAGCAACAAACCUCCCGGGCUGUUUGUAUCAUACAAUCAACAUCCUCCUCCACCGGCCAAUUCUUUGCUCUCGAGAGCUUCUCCAGACUCGACCAGAUGCAUACGAUUCGAGCCAUUUAGUACAGUGCAUGGCAUCAGCGUCAUCCAUCCUGUCCCUCUUCGACCUAUACCGUCGCACUUUCGGCGACAGUCAUGUGGUUCUUUCCCUCGCAUACAGUAUUUAUACCGCAUCUUCGAUCUUCUUGCUUGAAAUCCAAGCUUUGAAGUAUGCCGCUCCAGGCACACUGGACAAACUCAAGUUCUGCAUUUUCGCCUUGGAGAGGGUGAAAACCGCCAACCCAGUUGUCAUCACAGCCCUCAACCUUAUUUCCUUGGAAUUACAGAAACUACAGAUCAACAUCCACGGUCCAAUGCCCACCCGGCCCGACUCCACUCAAGAACAUCAUCAUCACCAACCCCCUCAACAACAGCACCAACAACCUCGCCACAGCCAAUCACCGUCAGUAGGCAGCAAUCCAUCCCGCCACGUGUCUCCAGGUCACCAUCAUCACCAAGCCUCAGCAUCAAUGGCGGCUCACGCCCAAGCCCCAGCACCCGAAAACCCACCCUUGAUGCAGGGAUACGGCAGCUUCCAACACCAAGGGGGAGUGUUCAACGUUCCCCAUUCUGCGGAGAUGCCUCAAAUGCAACCUACUCAUCUAUUGGGCGGGAUGCCCAAUGCCGUCAUGACCAUGGAGGACUCCGGUUCCUAUGAGAUUACACCCGAGGUGUAUGAAGCGUUUUCAUACGCACAGCCAAUCCCAACAAACAUGACGCCUGCUUAUGAGCAGCAGGGUUGGGGUAGACCUCCUCAUUGA